AUGGCCAGACAAAAUGAUUCCACAGUAAUUGAGUUUGUCCUGGAGGGACUGACAAAAAAACCUGAACUCCAACUGCCUCUCUUCCUUGUGUUUCUAGGUAUCUAUCUUGUCACUGUAGUGGGAAACCUGGGUAUGAUUCUCCUCAUCACUUUCAAUUCCAAGCUCCAAUCACCCAUGUACUUCUUUCUUGGUAAUUUAUCCUUCCUAGAUCUGUUUUAUUCCUCAGUUGUUACCCCAAAACUCCUAGAAAACUUUAUAUGGGAGAAAAAUAUCAUUUCCUACAAUGGAUGUAUGACUCAGCUGUUUUUCUUUUGUGUUUUUGCUAUUGCUGAAUGCUAUAUGCUGACUGCCAUGGCAUAUGACAGAUAUGUAGCUAUCUGUAGUCCACUGCUCUACAAUGUGAUCAUGUCCCAAAAAGUCUGCAAUAUGCUCAUGAGUGGAGUCUAUAUCAUGGCAACUUCAGGAGCUAUGGUCCACACUAUCUUCAUGACUAGACUUUCCUUCUGUGAAGAUGUUAUCCACCAUUACUUCUGUGACAUACUUCCUCUCUUAAAGCUCUCAUGCUCCACUACCUACAUCAAUGAGCUUCUGGUGAUAAUUGGAGGCGGAUUCAAUAUGUUAGUUACAACUGUGGCCAUCAUUAUCUCUUAUGCUUUUAUACUCUCCACAAUUCUUCGAAUACCCUCAUCUGAAAGCAGGUCCAAAGCAUUUAGUACCUGUGGCUCCCAUCUUACAGUUGUUGCUGUUUUAUAUGGAUCCAUGAUAUUUAUGUACUUAAAGCCAGCAUCCAGCAGUAAUAUGGCCCAGGAGAAGGUGGCUUCUGUGUUCUACACCACUGUGAUCCCUAUGCUGAAUCCUUUGAUCUACAGCUUGAGGAAUAAAGAUGUAAAGAAUGUGCUCAUUAAAGUCAUGAGUUUGAGGUACUGA